UGCCCCCUGGGCCGCCGUGCGCGUCGGGGGCGCCCUCCCCAGUUCCGGCCCGGCGGGGAGCCUCCGAUUCUCUUGGUGAGCGAGCUGGGCCCGGGGGAAGGAAAAGGACGGGUUCCGAGCGGGAGCUGCCUGCGCGUGCAGCUCGAGACGCGGGCGCUCCCAGCCUGCAGCCUCAGCGGUGCAGUCCCCAGGGCCCGGCACACAGGAGAUGUCUAAUAAAAUGAUGGAAUAGGGAAAUGAAUAAAUGAUGAUUGAGUGAUGAGUGAAUGAACAAAGGAUAGGAGCCGUGUCCGGAAACGAAAUCCUCGGGCUCAGUCAGAUUUCUCGGUCCGGAUACCAGCCUCUGCCACUCGCCAUCCAGAGUCCCAUCCCACGCUGCAGCUCAGACACUUGCUUAGGAACCGGCCCCAUAGGAGACGGCGUGUAAAGCGCACUGGGCUGGGAGUCUCAGGACCUGGGUUAGAAUUCCCGAGUAUACAGUCUGUUCCUACAUCUCCAAGUUGGAUUGCCUAGUUAUUCAUGCCUUGCUUUCUUCGCAAGACUCAAUAGCAUGUAUGUGGUAGCAUGUAUGUCUUGCAAAAAAAAUGAUACUGACUGUAUUUGCCAAACAUACAGAAUUCAGAGGCGUGUUACAAAAUGAGUGACGUUGUAGCUUGCCAAAUUGGAAGAUGCCCCCAGACUAGUGCUGGGAGCCAAUAGUUGUGAUAAUAUGUAAAAGUACAUUUAUUUGGCACUUACCAUGUGCCAGGCAAGGAGCCUUGGCUGCUAACUGAAAGGUUGGCAGUUCGAACUCACCAACCCAACCGUCUUUUCAGGAGAGAACACCUGGCAACCUACUCCCGUAACGAUUUCAGCCUAGGAAACCCUAUGGGGCAGCUCGUCCCUUUCAUAUAGAGUCGCUGUGAGCCCUGGUGGCACAGUGGUUAAGUGCUCAGCUGUUAACUGAAAAGGUCGGUAGUUGGAUCCCACCAUCAGCUCCCUGGAGACAGAUGUGGCAGCUUCUGUAAAGAUUAAUUACAGCCUUGGAAACCCCAUGGGGCAGUUCUCCUCUUUCCUUCCUGUAGGGCUGCUGUGAGUCAGAGGGGACUCAUUGGUGUUUGGUUUUUGAGUUCGAAUGGCACACAACAACGUGCGACAGGCAAUGUUCGGAGCAGUUGUGCUAAUUUAUUUAAUCUUCACAACAAUCUGUCAUCUGCAGUUUUUAAUGAAGAAGUUGAGGCACAGAGAGAAUACAUAACUUGUGGAAGUGCCCACUGCUCCUAAUGACCCAAGGCUGCAGAUGUGAUAGGUACAAGAUGCCUUCUAUGAGUUAACUGGUUUAAUCAAGGAUUCACAGAAUGUUAGAGCUGGAAGGACUCAUAGACACUAUCUAAUUUGUCACCUUUUUCAGAUCACUACCCUGUCUUCGGUGCCCACUCACCUGGGCUGUGGCUGAGUGAAGUUUCCUGACCCCUUUUUCAUCUCAUUCAGAAUGGGAGGCCAGUACCACAUAUCCACUGGAUCUCUCACUUUUUAAAUAGCAAUUUUUUUCUUAUUACAAAAAUAAUGCAUGUUUUUUGUAGGAAAAGUGAAAUAUAUAGAAGAGUGUAAAGUACAAGGCAAAAUCAUCUGUUAACUGACCUAGAGAUAAAUGUUAAUAUUUUGGUGAUUUUUCUUCAUACCCUUUUCUAUGUGUGUGUUUGUUUGUAUCUGUGUAUUAGUAAUAGUUUCUGUUUACCGAAUGCUUACUUAGUGCUAGUAUAUGUGUUUAGUGCUAGUAUAUGUGUUUAUAAUUUUUGUUUACACUGUUUUAUAUCAUCCUGUUGUAACAUUGUAUUUUCUCAUGAAUAGUCUUAGAAAACUUGAUUUUCAGUAGCUUCAUAAUAUUCUAUCAUAUUGGUAUGCCAUCAUCAGUAUGCCUGUUUUCAUUUACCUGGUUUUUACAAUUGUAGUCACGAUUUGAUCUUUGUAUAUAAAUCUCUGUGCCAGAUUCUCACUGUGUUUUUUUCACUUUUUCCUCUGAUUACAGAGGUUAUUCAUUUUUGUGGGAAAACUUUGAAACAUUACAAAAAGGCCUUAAAAGUAUACCAUACCCUUAUCUCUUAGAGAUAAUCACAGUUAACAAUUUGAUGUAUAUUCUUAGAGGUUUAAAAAAUUACAAAACUAAAUGUAGGUAUAGAGGAAGUUUAGGAAAUAGCAGAGAAAAACAUUCAGAAUUCACAUGUCACCACAGUGAUGAUUACUUUUCUUUCUUGAUCUCAUUCAUAUGAGUAUUUUAACAUAUAUAUGUUAUGUUGUACUUCAGAAUUUUAAUAUCCUGUUUUUUUUUUCAUACACUAAAACAAAUAUUUUCCCAAAUAGUCACAUAUAUUCAUUUUUAAUUAUCUUCAUAGCUAUGUAAUUUUUCACCAAGUGGAAAUACUGUAAUUUGCUAAACCUCACUGUUCAACAGUAAAACAAUGAUAAUUUCCAACAACACCAUAGGGGAUGUUUUUAUAGGAUGUUUUUAUAAAAUAAUUUAGUUUUUUUUUCCUUUUGGGGAAGUUACUUCUCUUUUUGAGAAAGUUCUAGCAGUAGAAUUUCUGGGUCAAAAGAUAUAGGGAUUUUUAUGACAUACUAAUUGCUUUGAAGAGUUUCUGAGAGACAUUGCAAGGGUUGUGUGUACUGAACAUGUCUUCUGUGUCAUGACCUCCCAACUACAACCCAUGUAUUUUAUCAAAUCACUUCCAGAAAGAUGCUACCAGUUUAUAUUCCUACCAGUGGUGUAGGAAAACCUCUUUCCUUGCACUUUUGCCAGUCUUGAAUUUUAACAUUAAAAAUAAGAUUUCUAAUUUGACAUUAAAAUUUACCAUUGUUUCAGUGCCCAUUUCUUUGAUUACCACAAAGAUAGAACUUUGUCUUGAUAUGUUUAUUGGUCUUUUGUCAUUCUUGUUAUAUUUGUUGUACUUUUCCUCUUUUCUAUCAGUUUACCUUUUUGCUAACUCAUUUAUAAAAAGUCUUUAUGAGAUCUAUCUACCCCUUGACAUAGAUCAAAGAUACUUUUCCUAGCUUGUCUUUUAAUUUUAUUUGUGAGUAUUUUAGAUAUAUAGAAAUUUUUUCCCCCCGUGGUCAAAUUUAUCCAUUGUCUCCUUUGUUGUUUGUGCUUUUUUGCAUAAUGCUUAGAAAAGUCUACCCUAACCCCAUAAUGAAACAAUCAUUUGUUAACAUUUCAUUUGUGGUUUCAUUUUUUAUACCUAACUCUUCUAUCAGUUUGGAUUUGUUUUGGUAUGUGGAGUGGGGUAGGACCCUCACUAAGUGUUUUUAUUCCAAGUGGUUAAGCACCAGUCCCAGCGUAAUUUAUAAAUAAUCUUUUUUUAUUACCAUACAUGUCAGCUUAAGGUGUUUCGAAUCUUUUAAAUCAAAAUCAUAGUUAAACUUCAAUUUAAACUUAUGGAUUCACUGCCGAGGUUUUUCUAGCCACACUUCUUUGAUAAUCUUAACUGUUGCUGCCAUGAUUUCAAUUAAUGACUUUAUGGCAAAAUUAGAUACAUGUUUUCAGCCCACACCUCUCGCCUCCACUCUAGACAUGUAUGUCCUCCUCUAAACUUGGAUUUUUCAAAACUAAAUGCAUUUUAUUCCUCCCCAAGCCAGUGUUCCCACGCUGACUAAAGGGGACUGGUUUCAAGUUGCUUAAGCCAAAAACUGGUGAAUUACCCUUGACUCCUCUCUUGAACACCUCUGCUCAAUGUGCAGCCAGGCUGGCUGAUUUUGUCUCUUAGUUAGUCUAGUUCCCUUACUGGAUUAUUGAAACAACUUCCCUAGAGGUCUGCCAGUGUUCGUCUUUCCCUCUCCACCCCCAACCCUUUACACACAAUCCAUUCCUUGCACUACAGGCAGAGGAAUGUGUUUUUUUUUUCUUAAAACUUCCGUUUUUAAACCUUUUUAUGCCCCUUCUAUGGCUUUCUGCAGCUUCUAAGGUAAAGUCCUUAAAAUGGCUUGCAGGGUUCUAUAUGAUUUAGUCUCUGAUUGCCUGGGGCUUCCUGUCUCAUUUCUGGUGCUUAAUACUUUGGCCUUACUGGCUGUCUUUCAUUCUUCCAAAGUGCUAAGCUUGAUUCCUUUUGUAUAUUAUGUUCUAUCUCUCUGGUAUAUUCUUUUCUCUUAUCACCUGUCUAAUGCCUAUUCCUUUUUUAGAGAGCCUUAAUUUCCCAGACUAGGCUAGGUCCCCGUUUCCCUACAUUCUGUAGCAUUCUGUACUUUUGUACCUCCCAUGUUUGUAAUUACUGGUUUAAUGUCUUUGUGUGGCUAUGAUGUAAGCUUCAAGCAGAUAGGGUUGUGUCCUGUUUGUUCUCCAGUGUCCAGCACUGUUACACCUAAAUCUCAGUCUACUGCAUGAGUCUCUGUAGGGUUGUGUGGUAGCUGGCAGGCCCCCUUUCUGUCUUGUUAUGGAUUGAAUUGUGUCCCCCCAAAAUGUGUGUCAACUUGGCUAGGCCAUGAUUUCCAGCAUUGUAUGGUUGUCUACCGUUUUGUGAUCUGAUGUGAUUGUCCUGUGUGUUGUAAAUCCUAACCUCUAUGAUGUUAAUGAGGCAGGAUUAGAGACAGUUAGGUUAAUGAGGUGGGACUCAAUCUACAGGAUUAGUUUGUAUCUUGAGUCAGUCUCUUUUGAGAUAUAAAAGAAAGAAUCAAGCAGGUAGCAAGGGGACCUAAUACUGCCAAGAAAGAAGCAACAGAAGUGGUGUACAUCCUUUGCACCUGGGGUCCCUGUAUUGAGAAGCUCCUAGAUCGGGCAGAUUGAUGACAAGGACCUCCCCCCAGAACUGAUAGAGACAGAAAGCCUUCCCUGGGAGCUGGCGCCCUGAAUCUGGACUUCUAGCCUCCUGGACUGUGAGAGAAUAAAUUUCUGUUUGUUAAAGUCAUCCACUUGUGCUAUUUCUGUUACAGCAGCAAUAGGUAACUAAGACAUGCCCCUUCUGUGUAAGAGGAUCAGGAAAGCCCAGAUAGGAUCCUCUUAGAUCUUCAGAAUCAAAUGGAGAGGCACAGAUUUUAAUGAGAAGACUAUAGGACCAGCCUCAUUAUGUAUUUUAGCUGUCUCAUUCUGUUCUUCCAUACUUGCAGAGCUUCUGACUCUGGUAAAAAUCCAUUUCUCUGUCUUCUUACUUCCUUGAAAUAAUGUUAGCAAUUCUUUUCACGCCGGGGUUAUAUGGAGAGACAUUUCAAACACCAGGCUUCACAGAAAUUCUCUGUACUAUCUUUGUAACUUUUUUGUAAGUCAAAAAACUAUUUCAAAAAUUUUUUUUUUGUUGUUAAAAAACUACAGCCUACACUCUUAAUUGAGCUGUGUCUGAAGAAAAACUGUUUAAUUGGUAUAACAUCCAAGGACAGUCGGUCUAUCUCUGGUUUUUAUCAAGUAGAGAGGACUCCCUAACCACUGCCCAGGCCCCUGGACAUAUAGUGGGGGUGGAUGGAUCAGAUUUGAUGCAUUAGCUUUGCUAUAAGGCCAUUUCCUCACACAUCUUUUGAUUAUAUUGAUUGACUUUUCAUAUAGAUUAUUGUUUGAUAGAAUGUACUAAUUGACGUGAAUAUUCCUAUUCAUUUCAUAAUUAUCUUUAUCAUUGUAGGGUAAUAAAUGGCAGUCUGAUUUAUCCAUCAAGCUCUUGAGUAUUUGAUAGUAUCUUAGUCUGUCUGAAUCUGUCAAUUCUUGGACAGCUGACAAAUGGAGUUUGUGAACCCAGAAAAUUGCAAGCCAACUCCAAUUCGUGCUGAGGCACUCAUGUUGCUUCACCUUUGAUAUGAGUUAUUAGGGAGCAACCUUAGACAACUUUUACCAUUUUUUGUUUACUGGGACAGUUAUAUCCGUCCUCCCUUUUUUUCCCUCUGAGCAGGGUCCCUAGUUUUCCAGAUCUGAGGUGUUUUCCAGUCAAAGCAAAGAGAAGAUUUGUGGAUGUUGAAUAUGCAAGGAGCUGAAGAGAGAGGGAGUGCAAGAGUGACCAGCCCAGGUUGGGAGAACAGGCCUGCCCCAGAGCAAGAAGUCUCUGAAAUUGAUUCUCCAGGCGUAGUAGCAGAGAGAUUCCAAGAGAAUGAACACCAGGAUUCUACGUUUGUAGAAAAACAUGCAUGCGAGGGCAUGAAGGAAAGCCCUUCCAGAGAGCUUCCCAGGCCAUGCCUUUUCCAAGAAGGAGGCUUUGGGGGAAUAACCUUCAUCCACAAGGAAACAACUCCGGAAAUAAUUAGCCAAGACUAUAACCUCGAAAAAAGCUUGCUUUCGACCUCAAGCCUUGUUCCACAUCUCAGGGUUUCUACAGAAGAGAGCCUGCAUCAGUGGGAGACCACUAGCAUACACACCAGUGAGAUUUCAGAGCAAAGUAAAUGCCCAACCCUCUCCACCCAGAAAAAAUCUUGGAAAUGUAAUGAAUGUGGAAAGACUUUUACUCAGAGCUCAUCCCUUACCCAACACCAGAGAACUCAUACUGGGGAGAGACCCUACUCAUGUGAAGAAUGUGGGAAAGCCUUUAGUCGUAGCUCAUUCCUUGUUCAACAUCAACGGAUUCACACUGGAGUGAAACCGUAUGGAUGUGAACAGUGUGGGAAAGUGUUUCGAUGUCAAUCAUUUCUUACUCAGCAUCAGAGAAUCCACACUGGAGAGAAACCUUAUAAAUGUCAUGAAUGUGGGAAUUCCUUCCGCAAUCACUCACAUCUCACUGAACAUCACAGAAUUCACACUGGAGAGAAACCUUAUAAAUGUCACAGGUGUGGGAAGGCAUUCCAUCAGAACACACACCUCAUUCAUCAUCAGAGAAUUCACACUGGUGAGAAGCCUUAUUUAUGCAAUAAAUGUGGCUCUUCCUUCCGGAAACACUCAAAUCUUACACAGCAUCAGAGAAUUCACACUGGGGAAAAACCCCAUAAAUGUGAUGAAUGUGGGAAAACCUUCCAAACGAAGGCAAACCUCUCUCAGCAUCAGAGAAUUCAUACUGGAGAGAAACCCUAUAAAUGUAAGGAAUGUGGAAAAGCCUUCUGCCAAAGCCCAUCCCUUAUCAAACACCAACGAAUUCAUACUGGAGAAAAGCCUUAUAAAUGUAAGGAAUGUGGCAAAGCUUUUACUCAGAGCACCCCACUCACUAAGCAUCAGAGGAUUCAUACUGGAGAGAGACCCUACAAAUGCAGUGAAUGUGGUAAAGCUUUCAUUCAGAGCAUCUGCCUUACUCGGCAUCAGAGAAGUCACACUGGAGAAAAACCCUAUAAGUGCAGUGAAUGUGGGAAAGGGUUUAAUCAGAAUACCUGUCUUACUCAGCAUAUGAGAAUUCAUACUGGUGAGAAGCCCUAUAAAUGCAAGGAAUGUGGGAAGGCCUUUGCACAUAGCUCAUCUCUCACUGAACAUCAUAGAACUCACACUGGUGAGAAGCUCUAUAAGUGUAGUGAAUGUGAGAAAACCUUCCGCAAGUAUGCACACCUCAGUGAACAUUACAGAAUUCAUACUGGUGAGAAGCCUUAUGAAUGCAUUGAAUGUGGGAAAUUCUUCAGACACAGUUCAGUCCUUUUCAGACAUCAGAAACUCCACAGUUGUGAAUAAUCCUGGCAUUUUAGGUAUGACAGCUUCUUUAGAGAGCAACUAGGAAUAUGGCUGUGGGGAAGAGGGGCAGAUGGAGUUCCUGAAGGCAAGGAGAAAGGAGUCUUUGCUACUGUGCUUGGAGAAGAGUAUUUCCAGAAAUGGAAGUGGGCACCUGGAGAAUGCAGAGCCUAUUUCUGGUUGGCAUCUGGGAAUACAGGGUAGAAAGGAAGUUCCUGCUUUUCCUAUAAAGUCUUGCAGGUUGCCGCUCCUUCAUGGCCAUGUACUUUGUAUCUUGAGUUAGCAUUUGUUAAGCUAGCACUUGUGUUUCCUUUGCUACAGCCCUACCCCACCUUGUUACUCCUGUUCUCUGGCCAGUUGGUUGAGGUGCUUUCCCAAACACUACUUGUCAUUCUGAAAGUGUUAACAGUUCUGAGGUAGUGCUGAGCAGCCUCCAAGUGUUUGAGGUAGCCCUCUCUGUGCUGCUGUGGGGAGGCUGCCUGACCUGUAGAGCACAGUGGGAAGUGGUCCUAUGAAUGGGAGACAGGAACAAGUGAAGAGCAAGAAUCUGUAUUCAAUAAUUUAGUAAAGGAAUAUGUGGCAAGAACUGGGCUGAUCCCUUCAGAUAUGCUAGUGAAGAAGUCUUAUCAGGGUGAGAAAUAUCUUUCCUGAUCUUUUCAAGCUUUGGAGGAAUUUGAGACUCAGAAGAAAGUAGGAGGUCAAGAGAGACUUCAGUGAUACCAGCUUGUGGAAAGGGAGAUAGGAAGAAGAAGGCCCAACUUCUGUACCAGAGGGAUACUGGCUUACCAGGGGAGAAUUGGUUUGAGCUAAGCUGUUGGUGAUAAGGCCUUUGAGGAGGAAGUCUGGGUGUGACAGAGCAAGGUACCAACAUAUUUGUGCCCCAGACUAAGGUUUACACCUGUGUCUUGUAUGUUUGGCGGGACCACUGGUUUGCAGCCAGGGCAGAGAACCCUUCUAGGAGUAAAAGGCCCAAGCAAAGUGGGACUCAAUUUGUUGGCCAUUAGGGAAGAGAAAACAUUAAUGGAGAAGACCCUUUAGGUUGGCUGGAGUUGGGGGAGGGAGGCUUUUGGGCUAGUUCUAAAGUGAGUGUUGACAGCUGUAGCUGAGAGGGUUGGAUUUCCUGUAAUUAGGCUGUUGGUGGCUAAAAUCAUAGAUUUUAUAUUCUCGUAUAUUCAUAUUCAAGAAUAUUACUUGAUGGUUGGGAAUAUUCAGGUAAACACUUACAAAAGGAAUUUGGAAAGACUUUUAGAGAGAAUUACCUGCUUUUAAAUUCCGAAAAAUCAAGAUAGCAUGGUUUGCCACAGACUAUGAUGACAUUUUAUUCUUUUGCAGGAAAAGGCAUGGGUUCCCCUUUGUUUUUCUAAUCUCUUUCAUGUUCUUUACUGCUAUCCAGAGACCGAGCUCUGGAACAUGGAGGAUAGCCUUUGGUAUUUGAAAUGAAGUUUCUGAACUCCAAGGCUUAGCCAGUUUUUAAAGCAUGACUUUUAAAAUGAACUAAGUUGAUUCUGAAACGGUUGGUUGUUCAGAACUGAGUUUUGAUUUUUCCAGAACUGUCACAUAAGCAUUGGUUUGGGGCAUUAAUUUCCAUUAAUGGGAAUGUGACAGAAAUAGUGUAUACACUGUCCCUGUCCAGCUGUGAAGAUGAUGCUCUGAAAACCUGCCACAGGGGAAUUCAUAAUUGAGAAUAUUAAUAUCUGUGGGAAAAAAUAAUACUAUGAAAACUUCAUACUCAUGAAAAAAAGUAUAUAUGUACAUACGCUAAUAAAAGCAAACCUCAAUGUAUCUGUAUUCCUAAGUGAAAAAUGGCAUACAGGAUUAAUUUCUGGUACAUAGUAAAUGUUCAGUAAGUAUUUAUUUAUUGAAUAAAUAUAUUUUAAUUAACCCUUGCUCAUCAAAAGAUUUUUAGGAACUUAUAUAUAAGAACUUAUAUAUAGGAACAUAUAUACUUAGUUAUAUAUAUAUAUGCUAUCUUUGGAGACUUCAGUGGAAAGUAGAAUAGGGCAAGAAUUUUUUUGAGGAAGAAAUGGAAAAAGCUUAGCUUAGACGUUAUCUCUAAGUUCUUGUGAGAAAUUUUCUAAAAUUUAAUCCUGAUGCUAAGGGAGUCUGGCACAUGUUCACAUCCUGGGGAAACAGGAAAGGAAGGAAAUCGUCGCUUCUUUGCACUGCCCUCACUUCGUACUCUCACUGAUGCACAUAUUUGGCAUUCUGAUUUUCUCUCACUUGCUGGCCCAUCAUGUACCUUGUCACUCCAGGUGGACCCCAAACCUAGCUAUUGCCCUUCCCCUCAAUCUUCUCUCUUAAUCAGUCUUCACAUCCAAUCAACCAAUGUACCCUGUUGGCAUUAUUUUCUAAAUCUGGAAGCCAUAUCCACUGCUUGCUUUAGGUCAGGUCUUCAGAGUUUAUUUUCUAUUUUCCUAACAGCUCUUCCAGUCUCUUGGCCCAUUAGGUCAUCUACGUUUCAUUUGGAUGAUCCUUCUCAGACAUAACUAUGGCAGCUUUAUUCUCUCAAAAUAAAGCCACAUGCCCUUAAAAAGUCAUCCAAGACUCCUCAUUUGGCCUGUGCUACAUCUCCAGCCUCAGCUGCCAUUCCCUGCCUUGCACAUUCUGUUCCAUAGUGCAAAUUCCUUGUGAUUCUACAACUGGACUCUAAGGUGCCAUUGAACGUACUGUUCCUGUUGCCUCAGAUUCCAUUCCCUGCUCCUCCUUGCAGCAAAACUCAUUGGUCAUGUAUAAAUAUGCUCAGGCAACGCCUCCUGAAAGCUGUCUCUAAUGUCAUUCACUUUGUAUUAUUUCUGUAUUCUUUUGUAUUGUAAUGGUUUGUUUACAAAUUUUCCUCUUCCCACUGGACUGUUAGCUCCACAGGACAUGUGAUAUUUACUCAUCUUCGUGUCCACAAUGUGUGGCACUUAAAAGGUGCUCAAUAAAUUUUUGUUGAACUCAGCUAAAAUAUUGAGUCAGACAUUUCUUCAUGCCAGCCAGCAGGUGGUGAUGUGGACCCAAAGUUACCAUUAGAAAACAGGAAUGGUGAGUGUGUGUGGCCAUGAAGUAUUUGCCAAGAGGAGAAUCCUGACCUGUUCCCCAAGACACACAGCAUGUAGUUGUAUUAAGUAGAGGACCCCAUAAGAAAACGUGGUGUUUUGUAGCAAAAAAAACAAAUUAGGCAUUUAAAAGUCCCAUCACAGUUAAAGUGCUGUCACAUAUGAGUUGAUGUUAGGUCAACAGGAAGAGAAGGAUUCACAUAGCUGCAGAGGCACAGCUAUGUCACCUGAAAUAUCUGUGACAUAUGAUAGGUAGGAUUUGACAAUGAUGCUGGCUUGACAGCAGAGCAAUUGGAGCUUAGAAAUCCCAAAGAGGAAACACUUCCUGAGCUCAUGGCCUGCACUGGAUAGUGAUAUGAUGAAAACUGGAAUGUGUUGCUGAUUCUUGGUGCACUGCAAUUUAAUUUGUAACUCCAGAAGGACACGGGGAGGAGGCCACUUUACAGCCUCAAAACAACAAGAGAAAGGUUACGGAACUAACGUCAGGUGAAGUUUCAACUCCAGUCCUUCUUGUCCCCUUCAUUCAGAUUUCUCUAUUGGUUAUACCUCUCCAUGGUGCCUCUUUACUUGUGGCAGUUACAGAGUGGAUCACUUACAGCUCCAAUCUUGCCCCACUCCUGAGGAUGGAGGAGCUCAAGAGAUAGAGAAACUUUUUGCCCUCAGGAUCUCAGACU